CAACACUAUACAGCGUUAAUCGAUUUCUAUUGGUCAUUGUCAAAACGUAAACAAGCACAAAGAAAAUCUUGGUAAACAAUGGCCGAUGCCGACAUAGACAGAAACAAGGAGAACACGCGCACACACAGCUUGGAGCAAGCAAUACAACAGAAAUUUGGCCUACAAAAUGACACCGCAGCAUCAAAAUUACAGAGUACAACAAUUGGAGCUAAGCUGAUCAUACCACAGUUAAGAAUACCGCAACUAAAUAGCACGGCCGAGGUGGAGCACCAGCGUCUGGCGAAUGAGCGCAACGCUGUUUUGCUUAAGGCAAUCCACAAACGACGCGAACAGCGCGACAGUCAGACCGAGUGUGAAAUCGAAGAGAAGCCAGCACCUUUGCUUAACGGUUUUACUAUACCCAAGUUACGCACUGCCACCGGUGUGCCGCUGGAGGAGCCCAAGCUGGAUAUUCCGUUGUUAAACCAGCUGCGCAGCCAAAACAAUCUGCUAGGUGGCAUUGCCAAGCUAGAGCAGAAGGUGCAUACCUUAAGCAUAGCUAGCACCGACGACGGUGGCGACAGAAACACCGAGCAUCAUCCCGUGCCUACCCCUGCGACUGGCAAAUCUUUGAUAGAUCUGACCUCCACCAUAAUUGCCGUUAAAAAGGGCGAGCCUCCACGCGAAGCAGCCAGCAAAAUGCGUAAGCGAGCCGCGGAUACUGAGGAGAAAUUUGACAUACCAUUUAUUGGCUGUGAGGAUCAGCGCAAUCGACUGUCCACUGGACUAUUGUCCAAGUGGCAGCAGGAUAGUAUUUGCUUACCAGCAAUUGCUACUAUUCCAGAAAAAUCAAGCGUAAUUGGCAAUAUGUUGGAUACUAUUGUGGGCUAUCCGCAGCCCAGACAACCUUGUCUUACAUAUGCUGCAUCGGCGCAGGAGUUGCUCAAUCUAAAACUCUACAAGCACCAGGAUUAUGGCAAUAAUAUAAAACGCUUUAAGUUCGAUACAAAGUCGCCUGAUGAAUUGGUUAAGGAUUCACUGCAGAAAUCCUGGCGCCUGACGCUUACCUGACUUAACUAUGCUUUAAGCCUUAGUGUACAUAUUGACAUUAAAAUUUAUUUAUCAAA